AUGCCUGUCAGGAAACCCAACAGAUAUGGCUCCAACGUCAGGUUUUCCAAACCCUCCUCUCGACCUCAACGGACGAAGACAAUAGAUGCUGCAUCUUUGCGUGACACAGAAGCAACAUCUCAGGAUGAAAAGUUCCAGGCGAUUCGGCUGGCAAACAGCAUCGACGAGUCAAUGGGCUUCCUCAGAUACGACUCCGGUAAGAGAAGAGUAGGAUGGCUAUACAACAUGCACAGUACGGUCAUUGAAGAUCCCAAGGUAUCCGGUGGGAGAGCUGGGGUCGACUUCUAUUUCAUUGGUGAAGAUGACGAGAACUUCAAGGCCACGGUCGAGUACGAUCCAUAUUUCUUAGUGGCUGUCAAACGAGGAAGAGAGGCCGAAGUGGAAGAAUGGUGCAAGAGGAUGUUUGAAGGCCUUGUCAAGUCGGUGGCCCGAGUUACAAAGGAGGAUCUGAACAUGCCUAACCACCUGCUUGGCUAUAAGCGCACUUUUCUGCGGUUGAAUUUCGCCAAUGUCAACGAUCUGUUAGCGGUGCGAAAGUCAGUCCUACCCAUUGCCGAGAAGAAUAAAGAAAAGGUCAACGCCAUGGACACGUACGCGGAAGUCGCCAGCGCAACUGCUGGGUUUGAUGUCUAUGAUGAGGAGCAGUUAAAUGAGACCACUGCCAAUGGAAUCGCCGAAGCCAGUGACUUUAUUGUCGAUAUUCGAGAAUACGACGUUCCUUACCAUGUUCGAGUGACGAUCGACGAGGACAUCCGGCUCGGAAAGUGGUAUACUGUGGAGGCAAAACAUGGCACGGUCAAACUAACUUGCCUGGAAGAUCGUUUACAACGUGCUGAUCCAGUUGUGCUUGCAUUCGACAUCGAGACGACAAAAUUGCCGCUCAAAUUCCCAGAUUCGGUCAUUGACCAAAUCAUGAUGAUUUCAUAUAUGAUUGAUGGUCAAGGUUUCCUGAUCACGAACAGAGAAAUCGUCUCAGAAGACAUUGCAGAUUUUGAUUACACUCCGAAAGAAGAGUACGAAGGGCCGUUCAUGAUCUUCAAUGAGCCUAAUGAACGCGCAGUGAUCGAGAGAUUCUUCUCACACAUCAAAGAAGCACGACCAAACGUCAUUGCAACAUACAACGGUGACUUCUUUGAUUGGCCGUUCGUGGAAGCGAGAGCCAGUGUUUUAGGUAUCGACAUGUAUGCAGAGAUUGGCUUCCGAAAGAACAGUGAGGACAUCUACCAGAGUGACUACUGUGCACAUCUGGACUGCUUUGCUUGGGUCAAUCGAGAUAGCUACUUGCCACAAGGAAGUCGAGGCUUGAAAGCUGUCACUGUGGCAAAACUUGGUUACGACCCGGACGAGCUCGAUCCAGAGUUAAUGACGCCUUAUGCCAGUGAACAUCCACAAAUCCUGGCCGAAUACUCAGUUUCCGAUGCAGUCGCGACCUAUUAUCUGUAUAUGAAAUAUGUCCAUCCUUUCAUAUUCUCUCUCUGCACAAUUCUCCCGCUCAACCCUGAUGACACUCUGCGGAAAGGAACCGGCACGCUUUGCGAGAUGUUGCUCAUGGUUCAAGCAUACCAAAAGAACAUCGUCCUCCCGAACAAGCACAAAGAACCGAGGGAAGCAUUCUGGGAAGGCCACCUCCUCGAGUCAGAAACCUACGUCGGUGGGCACGUUGAGAGCAUCGAAGCAGGGGUGUUUCGUGCAGAUAUCCCGGUAAACUUUGCCAUUGAGCCUGCCGCUAUUGAUGAACUUUUGCGAGACCUUGACGCAGCUCUGAAGUUUUGCAUAACGGUCGAAGAGAAGAAAAACCUUGACGACGUAACGAAUUACGAUGAAGUACGAGCACAAAUUGCGGAUAAGUUGAACAGCCUGAAGACGACGCCGCUCAGAAAUGAACGACCCUUAAUAUAUCACUUGGACGUGGCUUCUAUGUAUCCUAAUAUCAUGACCACAAACAGACUGCAACCCGACUCCAUGAUAUCUGAGUCUGAUUGUGCGGCUUGCGAUUUCAACCGACCCGGGAAGACCUGUGAUCGACGAUUACCAUGGGCGUGGCGAGGAGAGUUCUUGCCUACGAAACGUGAUGAAUACAAUAUGAUUCGAAGAGCCAUGGUCAACGAGACAUUUCCGGGAAAACACCCAAAGUCGAUGAGAAGGACAUUUCAAGAGUUGAGUUUGGAUGAACAAGCAGCGGCAGUGCGAAAACGACUUCAAGAAUAUUCAAAGAAGAUCUACCACAAGAUCCACGAUUCCAAAACGAUCGAACGUGAAGCCAUCAUUUGCCAACGCGAAAACCCAUUCUACGUGGACACAGUUCGAGACUUCCGAGAUCGUCGGUACGAUUUCAAGGGAAAACAGAAAGUCUGGAAAGGCAAAACGGAAGCCUUGAAAUCGUCCGGGGCUUCUGCGACGGAGAUCGAGGAGGCCAAAAAGAUGAUUGUGCUGUUCGAUUCGCUACAACUCGCUCAUAAGGUCAUUCUCAACUCUUUCUAUGGCUACGUGAUGCGGAAGGGGUCAAGAUGGUAUUCUUUGGAAAUGGCGGGUGUCACCUGUCUUACGGGUGCUCACAUUAUCCAGAUGGCUCGGGAACUUGUCGAACGCAUUGGUCGACCACUAGAAUUGGAUACUGACGGUAUCUGGUGCAUGCUCCCAGCCACAUUUCCAGAGAAUGUGGUGUUUACGCUCAAGAACGGGAAGAAGAUGGCCGUGUCAUAUCCUUGUGUCAUGCUCAACCAUUUGGUGCACGCUUCAUACACCAAUCAUCAAUAUCAGACCCUGAUAGACCCAACUACAUUCAAAUACGAAACUCACAGCGACAAUUCGAUCUUCUUCGAGGUUGAUGGGCCUUACAAAGCCAUGAUUCUGCCCACAUCCAAAGAAGAAGACAAGAACUUGAAAAAGCGGUAUGCCGUAUUCAAUCAUGAUGGCAGUCUCGCUGAGCUGAAAGGGUUCGAGGUCAAGCGAAGAGGUGAACUGAAGCUCAUCAAAAUCUUUCAGACGCAAAUCUUCAAGUUUUUCCUGGAAGGCACGACGCUGGCAGAGACCUACGCUGCUGUUGCCCGUGUCGCCAACCGAUGGCUUGACGUGCUUCACCAGCAUGGAGACACUCUUGCCGACGAAGAAUUGAUUGAUUUGAUUUGUGAAAACAAGAGCAUGACCAAGACUCUGGAGGAAUAUGGGGCUCAAAAGUCUACCUCAAUCACUACUGCAAAACGCCUGGCGGAGUUCUUGGGUGAGCAAAUGAUCAAAGACAAAGGGCUGAACUGUAAAUACAUUAUUUCAGCGAGGCCUAGAAACACCCCGGUGACGGAGAGAGCCAUUCCCGUUGCUAUCUUCUCAGCAGAUGAGAACGUGAAGAGAUUCUUCUUGCGAAAGUGGCUGAAGGAGGACCCGGGAGACAUGGAUCCUCGAACAGUCAUUGACUGGGACUACUAUCUCGAGCGGUUGGGUUCUGUCAUCCAGAAGCUCAUCACCAUCCCGGCAGCUCUCCAGAAGAUACGAAAUCCCGUACCUCGUGUGGCCCAUCCCGAAUGGCUGCAGAAGCGUAUCACAGCAAAGGACGAUAAAUUCAAACAGAAAAAGAUGAGUGACCUCUUCGAAAAGAAACCUCUUGCCGAGAGGUCAGUGAACCUGCUUGACCACCGUCUCCCCCCAACAGGUGACAUUGAGGACGCGCUCGAUGCUGGUUUCAAGACACCAGUACAACUCACUAAACAAUCGAAGCGAAAAUCCCCAGAUAACAUCAACCAGGCCGUUAUUGAUCCCUAUGCAGACCUACCCACGGAUGCUCCUACUGCAGAUGAGGACUACAGUGGCUGGCUGCAACAUCAGAAACAGAAAUGGAAGAUUCAGAAGCAAGCGAGAGACAGAAGGCGUCAGCUGUUUGGCGAAAAACCAAACUCUGCGACGGAUUCGAUCAGCAGCUUUUUCCGGAAUCAAGCAGAGAUGCUCUUUAUAAACACCUGGCAAAUACUUCAGCUUCGACAAGGUGAAUCACCCGGAGAGGUCAAGACGUUUGUUUUGAUUGGGAACAAAAUCCAUCCCCUGGCUAUAAAAGUGCACCGGACCUUGUACCUUAAUCUGAAGGGCGAGGAGCUACCCAAUGUCGAGAUUCCAGGUUGUGAGGUUGAGAAGGUCAAUCAUGCCUUACCAAAUGGUCAUCCUUCGGUUCACUUGUUUCAGUUGAGCAUGUCCGAAGACACAUACUUGCGGGAAGCCGAAUCUGUCUCCUUAUUAUGCAAUCACCCAAGUGUCGAGGGUGUGUACGAACGACAACUGCCACUCUUCAUGCGUGCCAUGCUCAAGCUCGGCAACAUGUGCUCUUUUGACGAGAGCCAAAAGGGCGUCCUAGGCAAAGGCCUGGAGCAAGGCUUUGAUCUUUCCUCACUCCUGAGAAGCAAUUCACAUUCGACUUACCUGGAAAAUCUCGGUGCUUUUGGCUAUGUCUACUUCUACCACAUCACAUCAGGAGAAAGAAGCGUCUUUGCCUUAUUCUCAACGUCCAGGUCGGAAGCGCACAUUAUCAUUCUGAGCCGGACCCGUGAUGCUCAGCUUCCGAACGCUACCAAGAUUUAUGCCGAACAGUACCGGCAAAAGACAGCAGAAGAGGCUUUGGUGGAUAGCGUUUUUGAGUAUCAGCCAAGUCUACAUUUCAAAAUGUCGCAGGUGACCACCAGACGAAAAGCUCAUCUCGAAAUCGGCGAGAUUCUCAAGAAAUGGCGAUCGGAAGAGUCGAAGCCAACCAUGAUUUUGAUGCAAUCAACUUCAAGCACACAGUUGGCGCAUGAUGUCCGGAUCGUACGAGAUUAUCCCAUACUAUCUUUGCCUGCCGAGCAUGCAGAUGCCGACCUCCCUCCUCUUGGCUGGCAAGCUCAUGCAUUCAAGCAGUUGAUUUCACAUUAUUUGAAUGCUGCAGGAUGGUUGGCACAUUUGACAGAGCUUGCACGGUAUGGAGACGUACCUUUAUGCAACCUGGAGAAAGAUGAUCCACGUUUCUUGAUCGACUUGGCUUACGCGCGACGGUUGAAGAGAAGCAAUGUUGUCCUAUGGUGGUCAGAACAGCCUCGUCCGGAUCACGCCGGCCAUGAGCGUGACGAUAUUCUUGGGCCAUUGACCGAAGUUGUCGAGAUGCCUUCGAUUAACAAUCCAGGGGCUUAUACUUCGGUCUGUGUAGAUGUGUCUGUGCAGAAUCUAGCAAUCAAUACCCUCUUAACGUCGUCGAUCAUCAACGACCUUGAAGGUUCUGCAGAUUCUGUUGCUUUCAAUCCUGCCGCUGAUGAUGAACCUUCAGGCAGUGGCAUCGCAAGGUCCAAUGGCGGGUUUGCUCAAGCUGCUUUGGAAGUUCUUCGGGACAUGGUCAAGUCAUGGUGGACGGAGGCGUGUCAGGGCAACAGACUUGCAGACGUCAUGGUCCAACACCUAGUUCGCUGGGUGGAGGCCCCUGCCUCAUGCCUGUACGACCGGCAUCUACACUACUAUGUGCAAAUGAUGUCGAAGAAGGCCAUGCAGCAACUCAUCACGGAUUUCCGGCGAGUAGGCUCGCACGUUGUGUUUGCAAGCCCCACGAGACUCCUUCUGCAAACGUCCAAGCAGGAGGUUGAGAACGCGUACGCUUACUCGCAAUAUAUCCUUAAAUCUAUCAAGCAGAAACCCUUGUUCCAUUUCCUUGGGCUCGAAGUCAAGGAUUACUGGGAUGUGCUUGUUUGGUACGAUGCAUACAACUAUGGAGGCAAGGGUACCUCGGCGAUCACAGAGCAGACGACCCCUUCGAACCUUGAAACGGUCGUCCACUGGCAACUGUCGCAGUUUCUUCCCGUCUCUCUACAACCUGUCUUCGAGGAUUGGGUCAUAACAUUCAUCGAAGUGAUGCAGAAUCUGAAACGGCCUCCGAUCGAGUCUGGUGGUUCUUCGUCCACCCCUAGAGCGACACAGUUGCCGUCGGCGUUCAUCAGUCUGACUGAAGACCCAACGAGCACCGAAGUCACCACGGUACUACAGGACGACUUUUCCAAGCCUUUGAAGAAACAAGUCACAGCACUGAUCCGACGACAACGCGAAGAACUACUCCAUCCCGAACUCGCGAGCGACUGGUCAUUCCCCAACUUGCCAGGUGGCACGCUCGAAUCUACGGACGCUCGACACCCUCGAGACCCGGUGCUCGAGCUCGUCAAGUCGCUCAUGCAGAUUGUGUCACUGUCCAAGCCACUCCAGCUCGAAGCACGAUUGUUGCGGAAAGAGCUCCUGACGCUCUUUGACGUGCGCGAGUUCGGACAGGAGGCACGCUUUGAGAACCCAAGCGCCAGUCUGCGCUUCGACAACCUGGUCUGCGACACGUGCACGAUGACGCGAGAUCUGGACCUUUGUCGCGACGAGGACGUCUUGCCCGACGAGCAGGACGGGGCGAAUCGACCGUGGACCUGUCUCGCAUGUCACAGUGAGUUCAGCAAGAUCGCGCUCGAGGAGACCCUGAUUGCUCGUGUCCAAGCGAGUCUGCUGAGCUGGCAGGUGCAGGAUCUCAAGUGCAAAAAGUGCGGCGUGCUGCAAGGUGACGACGCCGUCUUUAGUGACCACUGCGCGUGUGGUGGCGAGUGGGUGGGCGUCAUGGACCGAAGGGAAAUCAGGAACAAGGUCAACGUGUUGGAGCGAGUGAGUUCGGCAUAUGGGUUGAGAAUGUUGGCGGGUGUGGUUGAAGGUGUCAAGGGCAUGUGUUUGAUGUCGUAA